GAACUUAAGCCCUCUCUUCUAUCUUCUUUCAUGGCUUGGAGAAUGGUUCUUCUCUUUCCCUUGCUCUCAUCUUCCAAGUAAAGUACAGUCCACUCUAACAAAUCAAAUCAAAUCACCUGAAAGAACUAAGAAGUGGGUACUCGUCAAAAUGUCACUCUCUCUCAUUGUCAAUCCAUUUCUGAGGCCCCCAAGAACGAAUGGGGUGUCUGAAUCCUCGCAUCUCUUUUGUGCAUUGUAUCCAGCCAAACACAUUCGUCCGGAAAAGUUAAAAGUGCAGGCCUCAGGAAAUACCUUAGGAACAUACUUUCGUGUUACAACAUACGAAGAAUCUCGUGGUGGCGGUGUUGGUUGCAUUAUUGAUGGAUGUCCUCCUCGGAUUCCCCUCUCAGAAGCUGAUGUUCAAGUCGAACUCGACAGAAGGAGGCCCGGGCAGAGCCGACUAGUUUCCCCUAGAAAGGAAACUGAUACUUGCCAAAUAUAUUCUGGAAUUGCUGAAGGACUCACUACUGGGUCUCCUAUCAUGGUCCAUGUACCAAAUACUGAUCAGACAGCACAUGAUUAUAGCGAGCUGUCAAGGGCUUACAGGCCUUCUCAUGCAGAUGCAACCUAUGAUUUCAAGUAUGGUGUAAGAGCAAUCCAGGGCGGUGGAAGGUCUUCAGCGAGAGAAACCAUUGCAAGAGUUGCCGCUGGAGCUGUAGCAAAGAAAAUCCUCAUGAAAUUUUCUGGGACGGAGGUUCUUGCAUAUGUCUCUCAAGUGCAUAAUGUUAGACUUCCAGAACAUUUGGUGGAUCAUGAGUCUCUGAACCUUGAUCAGGUAGAAGAAAGUAUUGUUAGGUGCCCAAAUGCAGAAUAUGCUAAGAAGAUGAUUGCUGCAAUUGAUGCUGUUAUGGCGCGCGGUGAGUCUGUUGGUGGGGUUGUCUCAUGCAUGGCUAGGAACGUCCCUCGUGGACUUGGUUCACCAGUUUUCAAUAAACUUGAAGCUGAACUGGCCAGAGCUGCCAUGUCACUGCCUGCAUCGAUAGGCUUUGAGUUUGGCAGUGGCUUUGCAGGUACAUUAAUGAGUGGGAGCGAACACAACGAUGAGUUUUACAUAGACAAACGUGGAAGAAUCAGGACAAGAACAAACCACUCAGGAGGAAUACAGGGAGGGAUAUCUAAUGGGGAAGUCCUAAGCAUGAGGAUAGCUUUUAAGCCAACGCCUACAAUUGAACUGAAGCAGCACACAGUUACUAGAGAUAAACAUGAGACUGAGAUACUAUCACACAUUCGCCGAGAUCCUUGCGUGGCUCCACGAGGUGUGUGUACUCCCAUCCUCAAAUCUCCUCUUAGAGAACGGAUUCUUUUACCAUUGAAGUGGUUGUUGAUGCAUAUUGUGAUGGGGGCAUAUGCAGCGGUGCCAGUGGUGGAGUCAAUGAUAGCCCUUGUGCUUGUAGACCAGAUAAUGGCACAGUAUGCACAAUGCGAGCUGUUUCCAAUCAACACAGCCCUGCAGGAACCCAUGGGAUCACUGAGCUCAACUCUGCCGACCUUCCCUGUUGAAAAAGUGGGAUGUGUUGCUGACCCUUCUGUGGGCCUUUAGAGAAGAAGCACAUCAAUCUCUUUAUCUUAUUUUAUAGCAGCAGGGUAAUUUUAGCAGCAUUGAUAGUAUAGAAGCUUUCAUGGUAUGCAUCCUUGAGCUGUAACUUACAUUUCAUUUUAACUUCUCCUUGUGUGUGUCCAAAACACUAGAAGAUGGUUUACAAAGGAACAUGGGCAAUGCAAUACCCUGGUCUAGAUCCAGGGUUCUGCCAGUAGCAAUCUAAAGCCAAGUGUUCAUGUAUAAAGUGUCGGAUUUUAACAUGGAUA